CUGAGCUGACACACACAGAAGAGGAGAGGAACAAGAAGAAAGAGCAGUGGCAGUGUAGAAAAUUUUUGAUCCGAAAAAUAUAGGGAAACGAAAUACUUAAAAAUUGUGCAAAUUGUGUGCGCCCGCGGUCUCAAAGUCGGUGGCCCCCGCGAGUACCCGUUGCGGCCCGGUAAGCGAGCCCGGAAGAGGCCCCGCGGACGGCGCAAAACGUGGCCCUUUGGUACUGCGUGACUCUGGAACAAAAAAAAAGUCGAACGACGUCGCGGAGUGAAAAAAAAAAAAAAUACGAGUCGAGUCGUGGAAAAGUUUAGCGCUGAAAAGAGUGCGGUCAGCAGGUUCUUCAGGUUGUGUGCGGGGAAUCGGAAUUGAUCCGUUGCCGUCGAAGGUUCGGACUACACCACUCGGAACGGUUCCCGGAAAGUUUAGUGGGUCCAGAUUCCGGAGUAAGCUCGGCGACGUAGACGUGGAAUCCAGGUCAAUCCAGCUCGCACGCUCUGGAAUAACCGAACAAAAACAAAUAAAGGAAACAAGUGAGGACGACGGAAUCGACGGCAGCAGCAGCAACAGCAGGGGGCAAUAGUGCAGUCACCCACUCCCUCCUUUGAGGCCAGCAGCAGCAUCCACCGUUAGCGAAACAACACGAGAUUGUUUAAUGUAAUAGUAGAAUCGCAAACAACACAACAACAGCAACGAUAUCAAGAAGCAAGGAAAACACACAAGAAUAACAGUAACUACUACAAGAGAGCAGAGAACCAAAACAAGCAAAAGUGCACACGCCACACAGAGAUACAUGUGGAGAGAAAAAGAGCAACAAGAAAAAAACGAGAGAGAAAAGUGCAUCACUUUGCAUACCGUCGUCGUCGUUGUGCGAUACUGAAACGAAAAAGAGUUAAAACACGCGCACAUGCAACCAACAUGCACUGAGAGAGAGUGGUGCAUCGGAAGAGCAGCAGCAGUGUUUAGUGUUUUGUGUGUGUGAUGGAUCGUUUGUGUCUAGAUUGAGCGCAGAAAGAGCAAAACAAGACGAAAAAAAAAUACAACACACGAGAAAAAAAAAAAAACAGAAGAGAAAACCUCCCAGCUUCUGCUUCUGUGUGUCAUAACAAAGAACGAGUGUAGUGCAGUGAGAAAAGAAGAAAAAAAAAAAGAUAUCCACGCUCGGAUUUUGAGCGAUACACACAGAUUGUCAGGCAAUAGCAGUGAUAGUGCGCGGCGCGCAGAAUAAAGAUAACCGAUAGUGUGAAAAGGGAAGUGUGUGCGGAGAAGCAAAAUGCAAACGGCAGCAACAUCUACUAAAGUGUGAAAGCAAAAUAAAAAAUACUUGCAUGUGAAUUUCCGAUGAUGAAUUAAUGGUUUGGUGGCUGUUACCGGAAGGAUAACAAAACACAGUCGAAGAAGUUGGUUCCCGAGCUGUUGAGAACAAUAGUCGAGCGUCAGUUUGAUCCAGAGGAAGAAGAUCUAGGAAAAACACGGACCGACCGAGAAGAAUAAACAAAUACACAGCGCACCCGAAGUUGGACAUCAAAGGAAGGAAGGCCGGCGGCGUACGUUCGGUGAAUGAGCAAAACGAGAGUGAAAAAAAGUUGAGAUAGGGCAAGAGAACAACACAGACAUAGACACACAAACACUAUAUACAAGCAAGUAAAAAAUGAGUAUUGAGCCAACCAACGAAACCAAAACAGCAGCAGCAGCAGUAGAAACAGCAUCAUCGUCUAGCGGUACUGGUGCCGUUGGUGGUGGCGGAGGUGCGGAAGAAGAGGAAGAGUUGACACUGGUCGAAAUUUCACCUUCGUCGUCGUCGUCAUCGCCCACGACCGUUUCUUCGCUAUCGCCAUCGUCCCGAACUGUCACGAUCAGCAGCAGCACCGGUGCCGGCGACGAUGAUGCCAUCGAAGUGCAUCCGGAAGCAGCAGCGGCGUUGGCAGCGACCCGACCGGUGACGACUUUAAGUGGCACCGCCGUUGAUUCGUCGUCUGAAUCGAGCACAAUCGAGUUAGUCGAGGAACAACCUGCUAAGGAGCAACAGGAGCAGCACCGGCCACAACCCUUACUAGCACCGGUGGCGGCAGACGUGCAAGACGUUGCACCUGGCGACCGUUCCCCGCACGAGUCCCGGACCAUUCUACCGAUUCAGUCAUCGUCCUCGCUGUCCACUCCGUCCUCUUCGGAAGAGUACUUCGAUGAGUCUCUGACCACCGUUAGCAGCAGCACCGAAGGUGCCUUGAACGUUUCUUCUAGCAAUAACCAAUUGAACAACAACAACAAUAGCACAGCAAUAAUAGAACUCCAGUCGGUGGUGGUGACCUCAGAGGCAACAGCAGCAGCUGCUACACCGGAGCAGAGUGCCGACCAGGGCAACACUCGUGAAAAACCAGCAGACAAUAGCCAACCGCAGCAAACGAAGGAAGCACCAAUAGAAAUAGUACAAAUUUUUCCCUCCACCAAGGCUGCCGACGUGUCCUCGUCCUCGACCUCCACGUCCGGUGCAUCGUCGUCCUCUUCAAGCGGCGCAUCUUCCGAGUCCUCGAGCUCGUCAUCGCCUUCCGUUUCACCGCUGGCAGUGGACCAACAGCAGCAAAUUCAGCAACCAUCGUCACCGCCUUCAACCUCCGCGCUGGUUCAGGGUGAUACUGCGGAAGUUGUGAGCAAAAUGGGGGUCAGUGAUGGUGACGACCAAGUGCCAGAGCUGCUGCCGGUGGCGGUCGAGGAAGUAUCGUCCCCCCGUUAUCAGCCGCAGCAAUUGCCCAUCCUUCCGUACCGUGGGUCAGCGUCGUCUCCGCAGCUUAAGCAGAGCAGCUUGAAAAAGUACAAAAGCAACAGCAAGAAAAUGAACAACGACGCGGAGUGCGAAGAGAGCAGUGCGCCACAGCGGCGCGUUUCGUUCCCACAGGAUGCGCAGCUCAUUACCGGCUACCUGGAGCCGAUCGAUCCGUGGGCGUGUGUGGCUAUCAUUAGUGCGCCCGAACUCACCGACCUGUACAGCAAGUCCUGCGCCAAGCACUCUACCGAACCUCUGCCUGUGAUCUUGGAACACAUAAAAUCGCUGCACCUCACGAUGAAUCAACGGGUGCCGCUGCUUUCGCUCAGGGACCAGAAUCUCAACCAUGGCUCCUGCGAAGCGCUCGAGGAAGUGCUCAAGCGGGUUCAGUACAAGAGUAUCAACCUGUCGCACGCCGGCCUGGACGACGUAAGCGCCAGCGUCCUGUUCGACAUGAUAGAGUAUUACGAGGCCACCAACGAGCUGGACUUUUCGGAUAACCUGUUGAUGACGAACAAGAGCUGGCUCGCGUGCAUCAACAUGAUCAAGAAGAGCCAGGCGCUGAACGUGUUGAUCACGCGGGGGCCAGCCCUCUCCGAGCACAACGCGAUGAAUCUGGCGAAAGCGUUGAACACCUCUUCGCUGCACACGCUUAAGCUGGAUCACUGCGAGCUGACGCAACGACCGCUGGCGACGUUGUGCAAUCUGCUGAAACGGAACACCUCGUUGAAGGAGCUGUCGCUGGCGCACAACCAGCUGACCUACGAGGACGCGAAAAGCAUAGGCGGUCUGUUGCGAUCCAACUACCACAUCCAACUGCUGGAUAUUUCGAACAACAAUAUUGGGGAUAAAGGCGUUGAGUUCAUCGUGUCCGCUCUGAUCGAUCAGUCCAUCUACUUCAAAACGAUGCAGGAAACUAAGCGCCGCGCCGAGUUUAGCUUUUCCGACCUGUCCAGCAGCCUCCAGAGCAUCAACAGCAACAAGAACUACUUUCCCUAUCCGUACCAACAACAGCAGCAGCAGCAACACCAACUAAGCAGCCGAAGUCAACAUCUACCACCCCAAAAGCACCCAAAGCAAACGCGAUCGCGAGCUGCCUCAACGAAAAAGGCAGCCGCCGCCGCCGCCCACAAGGAAGAAUUGCAGCAGCAGCUAGCGUCACCGUUGCUCGAGCCGGUCGUCCCGCUGACUCCCCCACCUACGCCGGCCCUACCCACCGUGAGCUCACCCAGUGCGUCCCCAGACGACGUCUUCUUGGCGGUGAACACGGUAAAGCAGCUGGAGUCGCCGGCGGGAUCGCUUCCUCCCCAGGCCGCUGAGCUUCUCACAGUCGUCGACGAUGCAAACAGUACAAAUAACGAUAGUGGUAUUAACAGCAGUGUUUCCAGCGAUGUAGACCAGACAAACAGUGAGAAUAGCUGCAGUAACAAGUGCGAGGAGGUUGUUGAAGUGGUGGUGUCUGAGGAAGCAAAGGCGCCUGAAGAAAAGAAGGAAGCAAAGACGGUGGAGACUGUUGUGGAAAGCGGAAACGAACGUGGGAAUGUGCACGACGGUGGUGGAGGUGUGGACAAGCAGACGAUAGAGUUGACAUUUGAUCUGGAGCAGCACAGCGACGACGUUGAUGAGCAGCACGUGAAGGGGCCAAAGAAGGCGCGGCUAGCGAAACAGGACAGCGUUUUGAGUGAGUUCGAGUCCAGCAUGCCCGAGCUCAAGAAAGAGCCACAACAGGUGAAAGUGGAUGUGAAGGUGGCUUCUGUUGUGGCCAAGAGUGAGGAACAUCCGAUGGAGGAGGAAACGCCGGAGAUUUGUGCGGACUAUGACGACGACACGAGUCUCAAAAUAGUUGAGGAGAAUCUGCUAGUUGAUAGGAGUAUCAACGCGACCAGUGUAGCAAAAGAGGAAGCAUCCACUGAUGACAGUGCACCCGUAACGCCGUUGGCCACGUUCAAGAAGGAUGAGCUGCAGCUACGUUUGGAAAAAUCCAAACAAAAGGAAGAGCAAGAACUUGCGGAGGCAGCGGGACUGUUGAACAGCUCCGAGGACAAUAACAAGCUAGAGGACGUUACGUCAACCAGCGCACCAGAAAUAAAGACAACGGCGACGAUGCCGCUGAAGAUCGUCGAAGUGGAAAUCAAGGAUAAGCAGCAACCGCUGUCACGUUCGCUGGACAGCACGGCAUCGGGUGAGUUUGAGAAUCCCUUUCUGUCCACGAACCAGACGUCGGUUUUCCCAAGUGAGCGUUCGUUCAGUUCGGAAAGUCUCAACAGCGAAACAUCGGUAGAUUCAAACGAUUCCAAGAGCAGCUUGAAAAUUAUCCAAUCAAAGUUUGCUGCUCGAAACGGAACUCUCGAGCGACAGCAGUCAAUCGCGAACCGUGAAGCACUACACGCGGAACAAUUUCCUCCGACGGUGCCCUGUGGGCUGCAAGUGCUGGUCCUGUGGAACAAUGAAAUCACGCGCCAUUCGGCGAACACGUUUGCCGACCUGAUCGAGAACACUUCCACGCUGGAAAUCCUCAACGUGGGCUGCAAUCUACUGUGCAAUGAGUUUGUCGGAAGCAUCAAGAGUAGUCUGAAAGUGAACAACAGCCUAACCAACCUCGGCCUGCAAGGUGCACAUCUUUCCGACAAUGGUGCUAAGGUUAUGGCGGAGGUUAUCGAGUUCGGCGGCAACUCGACGCUGCAGCGAAUCGACAUGCGGAACAACAACAUCUUGGCCACCGGGCUGGACCACCUGAACGAGGCUCUCAAGUCUAACAAGACGGUAACGCGAAUCGACCUUGACGACGUGCCGCGCCGUGUGGUUGACAACUCGAUCGAUGUCGGCCCCGAGUACAACCGGUUGCUAAACAACAUUCGAGCACAGUGCGAGCGGAACAAAAAUCCGCCGGAACCAUCGGAGCCAAUCAGCACAUCGAUCAAGCGUGUCCGCGCUAGCCAACUGAACUCGAGGAAGAUUUCCCUCACCUGCACUUCGAUCCGUGCCGCUCCGACUGGUGCGACUGCUGGCGAGAAGCACCACCAUCAUCUGCUGGACCCCAGCAAAAAACCGGGUGGGCGUUUACGUUCUCCACUGCCUAGUCCAAUCCCAUCGCCCAUCGCUUCGCCGGUGCCGAGUCCCUCGCGCAAUCGCUUCCAAGUGACACGUGUCGGCGAGUCUUCCGGAGGGGGUGGAGGCGGCAGUACCAGCAGUCUCACUAGCCUGAGCAACAAUAAAUCUACCUCACCGUCCCCCUCGUCCACGGGAAGUUCGCCCACACUCUUUUUCGCGGCCAAUUCACGAUUCCGCGUCGUCACCGUCGAGGAACCGGCCAAGGCAAAGUCAUCCCCCGUGUCCUCAGUGUCCACUAACCAACGGAUGUCGUCAUCUUCAUCCAUAUCGCCCUCGCCGUUGGCCGCCACAGUCUGUAGCAGCUCUGCACCUGCGUUGUCCUCAUUCGAUAGCUCACUCAAGUCGUCGUCAUCGCCAAUCUCGCAGCACUUCCAAACGGUCGCCACAAACACACCUUCGCCACCGGUGCUAGUACAACAACAACAACAACAGCUUACACAAUCGCACUUCCCACCGUCCUUAUCGCCGAUUGUCGCACCAACAGUAACAACAACCGUAGCAGCAACAGCAGCUGUGACAACAACUCCAACACCAGUCACCCCUCUCACCCCAUCGACACCAAAGCCACCUACGAAACACACACGGUUACCGUCGACCAGCAGCUGCACGCUGCACGAUUCGGUCAUUUCGUCCACCUCGAUCGAAAGUCCCGACCUGGAGGUGAAGCGGUUCAUGGCCAGUGGGAGCGGAGGUGUCGCGCCAGGAUCUGCCCGGGCACACUCCUCCACCACCAUGGACGAUAGCUGCUGUUCGUCGAUCAGUAGCAGCAUCGACUCGAUCGAUCGAGUGCUUCAGUUCAACAACAACACCUCGAUCAGCUCAACGGACGAAAGCUUCGACCUGAUUGUGAGUUCGCCCUCGUCUUCGUCGCUGUCGGUCGGUUCGGUCAGCACGGCCCCGUUGGCCAAAACGGACAGCACACUGGUGCCGCGACAGCAGCCGACGAUCAUCGAACCGAGCAAUAACUUGCUGCUGCAACCGGCUAGUCCGCUCAAGGGGAAGAACGCCAGCCUGUCGAGUCUGGACAUGAGUACGAGCUCGCAGGAGUCGCUGUACGAUGUGCACGACUUGUCGUCGUCGGUGUCCGUGUCGUCGGGUGGGUCCUCGUCACUGGCGGUGGCGGCAGCUGGGACAGCGGCGACGACGGGCACCAAAACGGCGGCAGCCGGGAACUCGAACGAAAGUACGCUCACAUCCGUGCAGGGGCUGGAGAAGGACGUCAAUCAAAAGCAAGCAGCAACAUCGAGCAAGCAAGCACCAGCGGAAAAGCCACCUCGCGUCCGUAAAACCUCCUGGAUUGCUUCCAUCGGAGGAGGGAGUCAUCCAAGGGUUGCGGACAGCGGCGGUGCCUUGACGAUCGCGCCCGCAACCACCGGCAACACGUACUCUCCCGCCGUCGAAAAGUUGCUCGCUAUCUUCAACCCAACCAACCUUUUUUCCUCCAACAAAUCUAGUCCACCGAGUUCCGAGUGUGGCACGGUGCCCGCGCACUCUGCCGGCGGGACGCUGGGAUCUGCGACGACGACGACAACGGGUAAGGAAAACAGUACUCCGGCGGCGGCACCGCAUCCACCGGUUCGAAAGGAGAGUCCCAUGGGAGGGUUGUUCCGGUGGACGACAAAGUCGUCGUCGGCAGCCAAGGACGAGGAGAAGGUGUUGAAGGUUAACAUUUCACCGGAGAACACAAUCACGCCGCAGAUGCCGCAGAUUCAGGGUCACCUGCAGCAGCAUUCGCCUCAGUCGAUGGUGGCGGCGGCGGCGACCGCGACGACGUACAAUGUAGACAAUAUUCCUAGUCAGUUGAAGGCGGAAAUCAAAGAAAACAUCUCUCCGGAAAACACAAUCACCAACAGCAAGCUGCUGCUGAAUCCGUCGUCAUCGCCAACGUCAACGGUGCAACCGGCGGUCGCCAUUGGGGUGUUGCCAGCUGCUACGGCUGCCGCCGCGCCUGUUGCCCCGGUACAUCCGAAGGUCAUCUUCCGGCUGGGUGACGAUUACGACGAGUCCGAGGACGACAUCGACACGCUCACGAGCAAAUACGGCGGCGGCGGAGGUAAGCCUACACUGCUGGGCACCAACAUCGGAACCACGACCACGGAGGGGUCAUCGCCAGUGCCGCAGUCGGCGGCGGCCGUCCUCAUGCACACUAGUCAUCUCGGUCAGCUGGCGCGGGAUUCGCUCACCACCAUGUUCAAAAACCCCUCGCUCGCCUCCCAGGACUCGAUCCGGUCGAUGGACUCUCUCACGGAAAUGGCCGCGGCCGAACAGCAGCUGCAGCAACAGCUACAGCCAAAACCGGCAGCGACGGAGGACACACAAGCUCAGUAGCGACCUGGGUCGACGACGGAACGGCGAAUCGGCGGUGUCGAAUGGUUGAUCUAGACGCGCGUGAGUCUCUCUCUCGAGAGGUCGCUAGAAAUCGCUGCGUGUUGCGCGGAAUCCGCGUUCGUUCCUGGCACAUGUUUCGGGAGGGUCGUGUUGAGUAGUCAUCUGUCUCUCUCUAUCUCUAUCUCUCGUACUCAGCUCAGUGGUUAGUUUGGGAAAAGCCCCUUUAUUCAUUUCCCUCUUGCCGGUUGGGGAUCCACCGCGCGAGGGGUGUGUAAUUGAUGUGCCUUCUUUGGAGAAAAGAACGAAGUAAUACUUUUUAGUGUGUGUCGCAUGUUUUUGUGUGCGUGUGCGUGCGGGCCUUUGUGUGUGUGUAAGUUCGCAGAUGUGUAGGAAUAGAGCGUUUAUUAAGAUUAGUCAAUUUUUACUCAGCACGUGGUAAUACAAUUUCUAAACCAGAAGAGGCUAACAGUGAGAAGAUAAAAACAAAACAAAUUGUGAGAAAAAAAAAGACGCUAGAAACGAGUAAAAGCUGUCGCCGGAUAAAAAGGUGAAACUUGGUAAAGGAAAAACGCUAUAGUAUUACGUAGAUCGAAGGGAGAGUUGUAUUAUUUACAGAAGAAAAGUGAUGCACUUGUCAAAUGCAUCAAAUCACUUACUCAAAGUCUUUAAAUAUAUAUUUUAAAUUUUGUGCAAAUUUUUUGAACGUAUUCCCUUCUGAAAAUAUUUCGAAAUAUAAUUCGAAAUUCAUGUUUAAGGUAAUUGAUUGAUUACACAGCAAAAGCAGUUUAUCACCCUGAUUAUUGAUCGAUUUUAAUAUUUGGAUCGGCGAUCUAAAUAAGAGAUCGAUGUUCAACACACUUUUUUUUACCGAGGUCAGUGGUUGAAAAAUUGAUAAAGUUUAAAUCGAUUAUCCAUCAACAAAAUGAAAAUAAUCAACGUUUAACCGAAAAUCGGUUGUAAGAUCAUCAAUAACGAACUUAACUACCGAAUCAGUUUUCAGUUUAUCGAUUCUUCAAUUGUUCAAAUUUAAGUUGCUCUAAAACUACAAAUAAUAUUGAAACUCUUAAAAAAAAGAAAUGAUUUAAAAACUAAUAAUAAAUUUAUUUUUAAUUGCUGAGUAUUUGAAUUUAAAAUAAAAACACUUACAUUUUUUAACGGAACUCGGUAGGUGAAAAAUCAGUAAAGUUUAAAUCGGUCAACCAUCUGUCAGAAUCAACAAAAUUAUACCGAAUCUCGUUUGUACGAUGAACAUAAUGAACUUCAUUACCGAAUUUCGGUAUGUUUUUACCGAAUUCGGAUAUUUUUGGUUUACCGAAUUGUUCAGCAGUUGAAAAUUCGGCAAACUUUACCUCAUUCAGUAAAAAAAAUGUAAGUGUGUAUAGAAUAAUAUUGAUAUGUAUAUUAAUAAUAUUAUUAUCAUUUUAUUUUUGGUAUCUUUUAAAAUCCGGAUUUCUUCAAAAAUUAACUUUUUAAAUAAUGAAAAAAAAAAACCUUUAAAAAAAAACAUCUUUUAAAACAUAUUAAACAAAUUAGACAAUUUUCCACAACAUCAUGAAUCAGGUAUAAAACAAAAAAGGAAAAAUUUGCUCUAAAAUGACAAGCUUUCAAACAUUGAUAAAUCGUCGUUUGGGAGCUCUUAUAACAAGUCUACUUUAAAAAUAUAGCACACACGCGAUGAAAUAUUGAAAAUAACAAAAUUCUAAGCGGGCGCAUCUCAAAAUGGUAACCGAUUGGAACAAAUCUGAGUCCGGAUUGUGUUAUUCAAAAUAGCCACGGAAAUUCGCUGUGCGGUUUCCACCACAAUUCGCGCAAUUGUGACGAGAAAUUGAGUGGUUUUAUUCAUUCAUUCAAUUAAAUCUUAAAUGUUAUGUUUUACAUUAGAUUUGAUUGAAUUCUAGAACAGGACUAGUACAUUUAGUUUUUCCUAAACAAACCAUUUCUAUAAGGAGUGUUUUUCCAAAUCCUGAAUUUCUUUGAGUAAAAAGUACACAAAAAGAGCCAAACAAAAUGCACUCUUUCUUCGAUUUAUGUCUUGUGAAACGGCGUACGAGAACAACAACAAAAACUAGUGAAUUUAACAAACAAAACGAUGCCAUCAAACAAACACAAGCAGCAGAACUGAGGAGCAGGUACUUGGAGAAGGUGAAAAAAAGACAAACAAAAAGUGAGUGAAACCAGAAGAAGCAGCGCGAGAAUAAAGUGCAGAGAACAAAUUUUUGAUCUAAUCGUAGAUUGUAGUAAUGGCGAAAUGGAACCGCAAAAGGGAAGAGAGCAAACAACAAAGUAUUAAAUUGCAAACAAAAAUAAACUGAAGAAACAAAACAUAAAUCGAGAGAUACGAUCGAGGUGUAGGCGUAACGUGUAACCCGUAACACUUAAUCAAUGCCAUUGUGAUAUUAGUUUUUAAUCAACACGAUUAUUGUAGUGCGAGAAUGUGAGAAAGAAAAUGUGAUUCGGAAAGAGUUCUGAUGGUUAUGGGGUAAAAGAAUGGGGGAAAUUGCAGCACGUGCACCACGAAGCGACAGCUUUUACUUGCUUUAGGUGGAAUAACUGAAUGAACGAGACUUGGCAGGUUUGCGCGAGAGAAUGGUACGAUAAUAUCUUACACAUAUUUUUGGAAUACCUUUUGUAUUCGAGGUUUGAUUAUUGGAGUACUGCGUGAACGGGUUCGUUUGGGUUUGAUCAGGGCAAGAUGAAGAAGUAGAUUUUUUUUUAGAGGGGAGUGGAAGUAAAUUACAAGCUUAUCACACACGCGGCAUUUGGAAUCGAUGCAUUUGCCUUGCUCAAACUUUGACGCCGUUGUCUACUGUAUUGGUUCGCAUAAUCAUCAUCUGUAUCCUAGUACAAGACGCUUUUAUUCAUUGAACACUAAUAAAACUCAUCGAUUGAAAAACACACACUCGGAACAUGUGCAUGGAAGGAAAGGACGUGGAAAAGCGUUUGAAAAAUAUUCAACAAAACUGAAGAGCAAAGGAAAAAUAAGCAGCAUUUUCUAGCGACAACGAUGAUUCACUUGCGGUGUGCUCUGUUGACGGAAACGAGAACCUAGCUAUGUUUAAACAUUACUACAACGGAAAAGAAAAAAGAUUUGGCAACCAGACACGAAAAUUUACGAGAAAGGAAAAGUAUAACUCAUACACCCCAAACACACAGACACAUGAACCCAAUCUACUUGAUGUGGUUUUAUUUCAUUUCUGAAACACACAAAUUUUGGUUAUCGAUUAAUUCACCAACCAAGGUGACUCUUUGACGCAUCAACAUAAGACAACGCAUAGAAGAAAAACACAUUGAAAACGGGAAAAAUGACGGUUACUUCAAACAUUUUUUAGUUUUGCGACGAGCCGCAGUUUGAAGCGAUGGUGCCACGCGAACUUUGAGAAACGAUAGCGACAUCCAUUUCCUAUCGUUAUCGUCUUUGAUUCACGAUGGUUCAAUCGGCGACAACUUGAACUAACUCUUUUCAAUUCCGUUGUGUCAUAUCUAAGCACAGACAAACAUUCGUGAAUCGGUUAGGAAAAAAAAUCAGUCAGAAAUUUAACGGUCAGUUUAAAUGUUUGGAAACUCACCACGGUAAUAUUGAAGUCACCACAGCUAAUUUACCCACGAUUGACAGUUGCUAGAAACUGUACUUUUCUAGCAAAACAUUGUGAAUAUCAACUGACGUGGGCAGGAUGGACUCUUUGUUUACACUUCGGCUUCGGCCCUUUUAUAUUGUUUUGCUUGUUUUCAUGUACUUCUGAGGCAAUGACUCUCCGGUUGUCAAUAUUGAUGGGACCAUCGAAGGACAGAAUUAUCAAGAGAACGAUGCAAAAUGAAGACUCGAUUGGAAAUAUUUAUAUUUUUUAUUAUGUAAAUACCGUGCUAUGAAAUAGAAUCGUGGCAACGUCCU